AAAAAAUAACCAGUUGUGUGCCUUUAAGGUGAAAGAGCUUCCCUCCUCACGUGACUUACGUGUCCGACCAGCAUGGCUGCCUCCAGGAAGCGAGGCUUGUAUUUACUGUCAUUUUUGUGGAUUUUAAUUUAUUUUACAAGUUCUAAUGAGGCAGCGGUGUCUACAGACGACGUGAAAGAGUGUGACAAACUUCUGCUUGGACAAUAUCUGUGCAAGGAUCCCAAAAUAAACGAUGACACGCAAGAGCCAGAAAACUGUAAAGAUCUAAUAGCUUACGUUGAGUGUUUUCCUGCCUGUGGGAUAAUUUGUCGGUGUCCCAAUAUGACAGUCAUGAAUUUCACAGGAGCAGAAGUUGGAUUUUACAAACCUAUCCCCUGCCGAAAUGUAAGUGGUUAUUCAUACAAAGUUGCAGUCGCCCUGUCCCUCUUCCUUGGCUGGCUGGGAGCUGACCGCUUCUAUCUGGGCUACCCAGCACUAGGACUGCUGAAGUUCUGCACAGUUGGCUUUUGUGGAAUUGGGAGCCUCAUUGAUUUCAUUUCCAUCUCCAUGCAGAUCGUGGGCCCAGCAGACGGCUCCAGCUACAUAGUGGAUUACUACGGAGCACGACUCACUCGCCUCACUGUCAACAAUGAGACCUACAGGAAGACCCAGACAGGGCCCUAGAGAAGAGAGUGGUGGAGAAUCCUUGUUUAAAAAUGGCAAAAGAACAUGGAUUUGGCGACUGGAGAUGGUCUUCCAUUCCCUUUCAAUUUUUCUUUAAAGCUCUUAGAGGCCAAUUGAAAGACUGGACACAAGAAGUGAGCAAGGGUUUAAUAAAAAUACAGAAAAGGUUUGGGUCAAUAAAUGGAUGUGGCUUUCUUAGAAGACAGCGGUCUGAACUUCACAACGUUUAGGUCUCGAAGAAGGAAGCCGUUUGAAGUGAUAGAUGUGUCUUCAGAGCUUCUGUCCUGACUGUAGCUUCACAGCACAGGAGAAGGUUGAGAGAAUUCUAGAUGAAGAGGUUUCAUUCAUUUUUUAACAGAUUCCUCUUCUUUUAGCCUCAAUGGACUGAUCGAAGACCCUGGAGUUCUCUCUCACACCGCCAGGCAGGUGAUAGUACAACUUCUGUUGUGUCCUGUGAUGUUUUUGCAAAACACUGCCAAAUUGGAAGCUGAUGUCUCAUGGCAGGCUUUUAUCUAAACCCACAAGUGUUGUACAUAACAAGUAGACACAUUUCCAUUACUUAAGCAGACAAAAUAUAAAAUCUAAAGAUAGAAAUGCUUGCUUUGUACAUUAUAUCAUAUUCCAACAUAUUAGUCCCAGGACUCUGUAAGUCCCUCUUAUGAAUUGCAAAAUGGGUCUUUUUUUAAGGUAUCGAUGCAGUGUUGAGUUUGUUUUGUGGUCAGCCUUCCUAACAGCAACACAAAGAGCUUGUUUGAUUCCCCCAAACAUCUACUGAAAUGCCUUACGCAAGUGCAUUGUCCAAAAGAUCUGUAGGUAUUGGAGGUAUUUCAUGUCCAGAUUGGUAUGUGAUUCAUUUUAGUAUUAACCAAACACAUCAGUGUGCAGGCCCUUUAUUUCGUGAGUUUGUGUAGGGUUCUGACAGCUCACUCCAAUUUGUGUUUGGAAAGUGUUUUCUCCAGCAAACCUAAUUAUAAUCCUGCUACACUGAAUGGAAGACUUAAACAUUUAAGAUGUCUUUCUUAACCUGCUGUUUGCUUUUUAUGGGGAUAGCUAACAGAUUUUCAAUAUUGAAGCUAAUCGCUUUAAUGCUCCCAUGUGUGGCUUCAGAAUGAGGUCUGAAAUAAAGAUGUUUAGUCCCAGCUGUGAAAGGUGAAAUAAAAAAGACUCUUGUACCACCACCUUAAUGCUCCUAUUAUUGAAAGGGGCCAUACAUUUUACACUUUAUUCUCAUUUGUAAGGAAUAUCCCCUAGGAAAUAGUGUUAACCAGCUGUAAAUAAACUUUAUUCUGUUUAAAGUCUUGUUAAUUUAUUCACAUUAUGCCCUGUGUGUUACACUUUAAUUGAAUAUGUCUUUCCAAAGUGAAUUGAUUUAUGUUGUUGUCAUUACUUUUCUUCUUAUGUGAACCUUGUGGACAAGUUGUGUUGGGCAGAUGCUUUUUUCAUUCCUUUUCCCUCCCACAGGAGAAAAAUGUGAAAAAUAAAAUCAUGAAUCACA